AUGUUCAAGGAAAAGAUAGAAGCACCCACCUUUGACGGCUGCCUGGACCCAUGGGUUUUCACUGAUUGGUUACGUCAGAUGGAUAAAUUCUUUGACUACUACCAUUGGGCUGAGAAUAAGAAAGUGAGGUAUGCUAGGAUGAAGUUAGUUGGAAGAGCCGACCUUUUCUGGGAGGACCUUGAGGAUAGCAUUAGGCGACGACAUGAGCCACCCAUUACUGAUUGGUUUGAGAUGAAGGGUGCACUCUCAAAGAAUUAUCUUCCUUCAACUUAUGAGAGCUCCCUCCUUGAGGAAUGGGAUCGCCUAAGGCAAGGCACUGCUCCUGUGACUGAGUAUAUAGAAAAGUUCAAGGAGUUCAAGAGGCGAAUUCGAAUAGUCGAGGACGAGGUUGUCACACUCAAUAGAUUUAAGAAAGGUUUAAAUGCUAACCUACUAGGCGAGAUUAUCACCCGUGGAGUCACUACCUUAAGAGAAGCAUAUGACCUCGCUAGGAAUUGUGAAUUAGCAUUCAAAUCUAUCUUUUGGCGACGUUCUGAGCCCCGAAGUGUUCCCGCCAACCCUCAACCUUUUGGUAGCAAACCUAGACUUGCCUUACCCCCUAAAGUCAACCCCAAUAGCACCCCAUUAGAAAAAGAGGACAAGGGAAAAGGUGUGGUCAAUGAGCCUUCAAGAUUAGGAUCUCGCCUCCAAUGCUUCAAAUGCAAUGGGGUUGGAUACAUCGCUGCUAGAUGUCCCUCUAGGACCCUUGUCAUUCAAGAGGGUGAUGAAAAGGUAGAAGAUGUUGAGGAGCUAGUGUAUGAUCCAAAUGUUGAAGAAGCCCAAGAUGUUGAAGCGGAAUGGGAAGAUGAUCCUAGCUAUCUCGCAUACAUUAAAGCCAUUUCUCCCCAAGUUGAUGAUUCCAAGAACUUUGGUGUCCUUAGAGUGAAUGUGAUAAGGUGUGCCUUGGCAGAGCAAAGAGACGCUGAUGAUUGGCUAAGGAGUGCCAUCUUUCAAACUUACACUAAGUGCGGAGACAAAACCUGCAAGGUUAUCAUAGAUAGUGGAAGUUGCAUUAAUGCAGUGUCUUCUAACGUUGUUUCCCGCCUAGGCUUGAAAUUGACCCCACACCCUAACCCAUAUAAAGUUUCUUGGGUGGAUACUUCCUCCAUAGCCAUAAAAGAAAGAUGUGUUGUCCCACUUCAAUUCCUCACCUACAAGGCUGAAAUAUGGUGUGACGUGAUUCCCAUGGAUGUAGGGCAUAUCAUCUUAGGUAGACCUUGGCUGUAUGAUCUAGAUGUCACCCUUCAUGGGCGAUCCAAUUCUUGCUCAUUUAUGUUUGAAGGUAAGAAGAUUGUGCUCACUCCUUUGAAACCCAAGCCAAUUGGCAUGAGCAAGAAGACAGAAGCACCAAAGGCGAAAGGCCUGAACAUCAUAAGUCCGAGGGCAUUUGAAAGGGUAGCAAUUCAAGAGUCCAUUGUAUUUGUCUUAGUUGCCAGGGAACUACGUGGAGAGACCAGUGAGGAGCAACCUGAAGAAGUGAGGUUAGUGCUCCAGGAAUUUAAGGACGUUUUCCCUGAGGAACUCCCCGAUCAUUUACCACCCAUGCGUGACAUACAACACGCCAUAGAAUUUGUGCCCGGAGCGGCCCUACCUAACUUGCCUCAUUAUAGGAUGAGCCCUGUAGAGCAUGCCGAGUUGCAAAGGCAAGUAGAAGAACUACUUAGGAAGGGUUUUGUCCAUGAAAGCAUGAGUCCUUGUGCGGUCCCUGCACUCUUAACUCCAAAAAAAAAUGGAACUUGGCGGAUGUGUGUUGAUAGUCGUGCCAUCAACAAGAUCACUGUGAAAUAUCGAUUCCUAUCCUCCGGUUGGAUGACAUGUUAG